UGUAUGACUUAUUCAGAUGACGAUGAAUCUGCGGCACGUAAACUGGACAAAGAUAAAAUUAAAUCCGAGGAGUUCAAGAGAAAAACAAAACAAGAAGUGAAGCGGGAAAAGGAAUUAGAUGAGGCUAGAAAGGCGGGAACAGCGCCGGCCGAAGUAGACGAAGAAGGUCGUGAUAUUAACCCACACAUUCCUCAGUUUAUAGUGAAAGCGCCAUGGUAUCUGGGAAUUGACAAGCCCACCUUGAAACAUCAAAAACCACAUGAAGAGAAACAGAAGAACUUUGUUGAUAUCAAUGAAGAGUUUGUGCGUAAAGGUAUAAUUAAGGAUAAAGUGAUAACCAAAUUCCGCAAGGGGGCGUGUGAAAACUGUGGGUCUAUGACUCAUAAGAGGAAGGACUGUCUGGAAAGACCACGGAAGAUAGGUGCCAGAUUCACAGGCCAAGGCUUCGGAAACGACGAAUACAUAGUUCCCAACAAGGAGAAGAGUUUCGAGGGCAAGCGGGACAGAUGGGUCGGCUACGACACUUCCCGGUACCACGAGGUCAUCUCAGACUACGACAAGCUGGAACUGGCCAAGGCGAAGUUGAAGUCAGAGCGACUGGAGAAGGAGAUAGAAGAAAGCGAGUCAGCCACGCCCACUCCCAAAAAGCCAGAAGUGGCUGUACCGGAGGGAGGGGCGGGGAGUGACGACGACGAGGAUGAGUUCAAAGUGAAGGACGACCAGGACAUCAUGACAGGGACCAAGUGGGACUCCAAACAGAGAAUGACUGUGCGAAACCUCCGCAUUCGAGAGGACACAGCUAAGUAUCUGUACAACCUGGACCCUAACUCUGCCUACUAUGACCCGAAGGCCAGGUCAAUGAGGGAGAACCCAUUCGCAAUCCAGGGCAAAGAUGUCACAGAUGUGCCGUAUGCGGGAGACAACUUUGUGAGGUACUCGGGUGAUGCAUCCAACAUAGCCAGCACACAAUUGUUCGCGUGGGAGUCUAGUGAGAAGGGGACUGAGCUGCACCUGCAAAGUGAGCCCACAAAGCUGGAGUUCAUGAAAAAACACGUGGAGGAGAAGAAAGGACAGUUGGAGGAUACACAGAGCAGCAAAAUACUCGAAAAGUACGGAGGAAAGGAGCACUUGGAGCCAGUGCCGAAGAGUCUCCUUCUGGCUCAGACUGAGACCUACACAGAGUACGCGCAGGAUGGGUCUCUGAUCAGAGGCAAGGAGGCAACAAUUCCCAAGUCCAUAUACCCAGAAGAUGUAUACAUCAACAACCACACUAGUGUGUGGGGAUCGUAUUGGCGUGAGCACCAGUGGGGCUACUCUUGUUGUCAUUCCUUCAUCCGCAACUCCUACUGCAUCGGAGAGUCAGGCAAACUGCCCCCCAUCCAGUUCACAACCACGCUCACAUCACAACCCAAAAAGACCAAGAGAGACCACUUGGAAGGAGAAGACGACGAAGAAAGAAAAGAAAAAGAGAGGAAAAGUAAAAAGAAGAAGUCUAAGAAGAGUAAAUCGAAGGAUAGAAGUAAAGAUAGUGACGAGGAGGGAGAAGAGGAAAAAGAAGCCAAGAAACAGAAACGAGAAAAGGAGGAAAUGACUUUAGAAGAGGCUCUGAAGAAAGAGGAAGAAAAGCAGCGGGAAGCGGAGAAGGUUCUUCAGAUUGACGAGCGAAAAAGAAAAUACAACAGUAUGCAAGAGACAGCCGUGCCAACAGAGAUAGAGAUGGAAGCCUACAGAAUGAAGUCGAUGCGCACUAACGACCCAAUGGCACAGUUCCUGGACCAGUGAAAAAACUCAAAAAAACAGACUGGGCUUCAGAGCUGCCGACGUCGUUUAAACUUUGACUUGUUACAAUUCUCCUGGAAAAGAGUUCUUACUACGAGAGGCGAUAUGCCCGUAGCCGAGAGUGAUAAUUAGCCGAGAGUUGGCGUGUAAACCAGUUCGAUGGAAAACUAGAAAUGGAACCUCCCUAUUCUUUUUGAAAAUUGAUUGAAUUAUUGUUAACGUAGUAAUAUAGAAUUUAACGCAAAGCUGCCUACGCUUCUAGAUAGCAUGCUUUGUUUUUUUUA